AUGUCUUUAUUACACGAAAAAUUGCCGUACGCUCUACAUUUUGGUCAUCUUCUGGUAUUUGCUAUAUGGGUUGGCAUUCAGUUUUGGGUGCAUGUUUCAGGUUUCACUAUGUUUAAAACGUUAACGAGAAAUGCAUUUGCGCAAGUCCAAAGCAAAAUAUUUCCGUUGUACUUCAUGUCUGGCAUAGCGCUUUGUUUAUCAGUUUCCUUAUUGUGUUCACUUGUAAAUUACUUCUACCUCGGACCUGAGACAAUCCGAAUGAUGCUAAUCAAAGCUCAACGUGUAACGUUUCUCGGAAUCGAGGAUGGUGUGGGACCAAUUGCUCCAAAGCUCGUGGAACAUGAUCUCACAUACAAAGAAAUAAAGGAAAAGUUUAUUAAACUGCACGCAGCAUGUUCCAUCGUGAACAUGAUAUGUUUUGGUGCAUGUGGUGUUAACGUAUGGUGCUUGGCUUGUAAGCAAGUAUUAUGUUAG